CUGCAGUGGGAGACGGAAGCAAAUUCCGGCACGCCUCCGCUCCAAGCGGGCUCAGACCCGAACCCGGCAAGCGCGGCGUCGUCGUCGUGUAUAAAACGGCGGCCACGCCGAUCAUUCUUCGUUCCACCUCGCCUCGCAUCCACCGUGAGCGGAGCGCCAACUCGCUAGCAAAUCAGAAGAGGAGGUUAGAGUUUCGUCGUGAGCGAGCGAGAGUCAUGGAGGCGGACAAGAGCGGGGAGGGGGAGAAGGCCGGCGGCAAGACGAUCUCCUUCAGGUGCUCGGACGGACAGGCCUUCCACAUGCCGGUGGCCGCGGCGAUGCUAAGCACGGCCAUCCGCAAAAUGUUCGACAAGUACCCCAGCAUCGACCACGGCGGCGUGAUCGAGCUCCCCCACCAAAUCUCCUCCGGUAUCUUCCCCAAGGUCAAGGAAUACUGCACCAAGCACGCCAAGGUCGACGACAAGGGCAACCCCACCGUCUCCACCAACACCGGCGCGGCGGCGGCGGCGUCAAGCAGCAGCACCGACGACGAGGAGGAGGACCUCAAGAACUGGGACAAGGAGUUUGUCAACAUGGAGGUGAAGCCCCUCCACGACCUCCUCCUCGUCGCCCACCUACUCGACAUCAAAGGCCUCUUCCACAUCACCUGCCGCAAGGUCGCCGACAUGCUCAAGGGCAAGACCUCCGAGGAGAUGCGCCAGAUCCUCAACAUCCGCAACGACUUCACCGAGGAAGAAGACAAGGCAAUCAAGGAGCAGAACCCCUGGGUCUUCCCGGAUCCGGAGUAGAAGCUAGCGUCCCCUCCCUCCCCGAUCGAGCAUCUGCUCUGCUCAUCAUCGCUUAACCCGUCGCGUGUGGUUGCUCCCCGUAGUUAUCUCUGGUAGGUUCGUUCAGAACUUCAGAUCGAAUCGGCGUUCUUGCCUUUUUACCUUUCCUUUGCAUCAUGUCCAACUAGAACAGAAUCUGGUGUGUGUCGAUCGAAAUGUUCAACUGCUUAAUUGUUUGCAUCAACUGAAAUGUUUUGCCCCUGC